GGUGUUUUUCGGUGGCAACGCCACAGCCCCUCUUCCUCCUUCUCCUCUAAUUCCAGCAACCCGCUCCCCGGCGGCGGUAGUGGCAGAGUCGGUCUGGAUGGAUUAUCAGCAUCAUGGCGAUUGAUGGUGGAGAACGUACUUGUGGAGUUCAUGAACUUAUAUGUAUCCGCAAAGUAUCUCCAGAGGCGGUUGGGUUCCUGUCUGCUGUUGGGGUGAUUGUCAUUCUCAUGAUCCUUCUCUUUCUAUAUAUCAACAAAAGACUGUGUAUUGAGAAUAUAGGAGAGUUUCCGUGCCUUGAUGCAGAAUACAGGGCCAACAAAGAUUUACAAGACAAUACCCAUAACAGCUAUGGUGAUGGAGACCACCAUGGUUCCUCAUCAGACAGUGAAGAUGAGGUGCUUGGCAAAUACCACGAGGCAUUGUCCAAAACACAGAUCGCCUCUGGUGCAGCAUCAGACAACAGACACCAUCAGAAAGGGUACAUGUGGGAAUCCAGACUCAAAUAUAGUCCUCUGUCAGCAGAAUAUGAUGGAUACAGCAGUGAGGCAUCUGCAGAUGAAGAACACUGUAUUCAGAGGAUGAGGAGGACACCUCCACUUGAUGAACUUCAACCUCCCCCCUAUCAGGAUGAUAAUGGAUCACCACAUCUUUCCUACACACCAUCAGAACUGGAUGACAAGUGUGAACUGUCUCAUUCCAGUGCAGAUUGCAACAGUCCACGUUGUUCAUACAGUAAGUGCCCUAGCGAGGGAAGUGUAGGCCAUGAGACAGAAAGCUACCAUCACAAAGGAUACGAGGAAGAUGUUCCAAGCGACAGCACUGCCAUCCUGAGUCCAGAGGACAUGUCAGCUAGAGGAUCUUCUGCACAGCUACCAAAAGCUUACGAUCCAGAACCUAUAUCAAAGUAUGGCACACUGGAUGUCACUUUUGAUUUUGACUCGCAAGCACAGAAACUUAUGGUAACAGUAACAGCUGUUACAGAUAUUCCAACACAUAACCGAACCGGCAACAGCUCAUGGCAAGUACAUCUUGUGCUUCUUCCCACAAAGAAACAAAGAUCAAAAACAAGUGUCCAGCGAGGGCCUUGCCCUGUCUUCACAGAGGUCUUUAGGUUUAAUCGCAUUGAGUCUGAGAUGAUUGGUAAUUAUGCAGUGCGAUUUAGGCUCUACAGUAUACGUCGGAUGAAAAAAGAAAGGAUUGUUGGUGAAAAGGUAUUCUAUCUCACCAAGCUAAAUCUACAAGGCAAGAUGUCCGUUCCAAUUGUGCUGGAGCCUUGUGGCAGCCUCACUGGCUGUGACUCCCAGAUGAGCAUGUCUGAGAUGUCCUGCAGUGAAAGCACUUCUUCCUGCCAGUCUCUGGCACAUGGCUCAACACCAGAAAUCCUAGUUGGUCUGCUGUAUAAUGCCACCACUGGCAGACUGUCAGUUGAAGUCAUAAAAGGAAGCCACUUCAAAAACUUGGCAGUGAACAGACCACCUAACACAUAUGUGAAGUUAACAUUGCUGAAUUCUAUGGGUCAGGAGAUGUCCAAAUGUAAGACGUCCAUCCGUCGAGGCCAACCAAAUCCUGUGUACAAAGAAACAUUCAUUUUCCAGGUAGCACUGUUUCAGCUUUCUGAUGUGACACUCAUACUAUCUGUGUAUAACAAACGGAGCAUGAAACGCAAAGAAAUGAUUGGCUGGAUUUCACUAGGCCUCAACAGCUCAGGUGAGGAAGAGCUGAACCAUUGGACUGAAAUGAAGGAAUCAAAGGGACAGCAAGUUUGUCGGUGGCAUUCAUUAUUGGAAUCCUAAUGAAUAUGCUGUGGA